AUGAUUAUCCUCAUCUGGAUGGAUGCUCGACUCCAUACACCUAUGUACUUCCUUCUAAGCCAAAUUUCCAUCAUGGACCUCUUGUACAGCUGCACUAUUGUCCCAAAGAUUGUAACUGAUUUCCUCUCUGUGAAGAAUACCAUUUCAUUUAUUAACAGUGGAAUUCAGCUAUUCCUCUUCACAACACUUCUUGGAGCAGAGUACAUUCUCCUGGCAAUCAUGGCUUAUGAUCACUAUGUUGCCACAUUCUACCCUCUCCAUUAUUCAGUUCUCAUGCAUCCUGCAGUCUGUGUCUUCAUGGUGGCUGGCAUCUGGCUGGGUUCUCUGCUAAAUGCCUUGGUCCAUGUCAUAUAUAUUCUGAAUCUCCCAUACUGCUCCUCCUUGGAAAUUCAUCAUUUCUUUUGUGAGAUUCCAGCUAUCCUGAAACCUGUUUGUGUUGAUACAUCUCUUUAUGAAACUGCACUUUAUUUCACCAGUGUUGUAUUCCUUCUCAUUCCAGUAUCUACCAUUAUGGUCUCAUAUGGCCAGAUACGCUAUACUGUUUUGAAAUUAGGAUCAAACUUGGGUAAGAGAAAAACUUUGGCAACCUGUUCCUCCCAUAUGAUUGUCGUGUCUCUCUUCUAUGGAUCAGCCAUCAUCAAGUAUAUAAUCCCCAAAGCAUACCAUAACUCAGAGCAGGAUGAAGUAGUAUCUGUCUUCUACACUAUUGUAACUCCCAUGCUCAACCUCCUCAUCUACAGUAUUUGA